GAAAAGCGAAGGACGGAAGGCAUACGAACAGUAUUCCGGGAACAAGAAAAAGCCCAAACUGAAAGAUCAGAGAAAUUGUGACUGCAGCCUCAGAUGCUUCCUAGGUUUCUGAGCCUGGUCACACUGCGCAGGCGUUCCGCGGGUUCUUCACUGUGCUCUUUGACCUCCCGCCCCAACCCCCUUCCUCCUCAGCCACCGAGCGGCUCUUCCGGUGUUGGGGAGGCGGUUCCGGUUCGCGGCCGUUCCCGGGUUUUACGUUCCGCGCCCGGCCGGAAACCCCUUCGUAUAGCAGCCGGUUCCGGUUCGGACUUUGUAUUUCUGCUGAAGUCAGUGAUGUGAAAAGACCUGACAUGGAUGAUAUUGCUGAUGGGAUGAGAAUGGAUGCUGGAGAAGUAACUUUAGUGAACCACAACUCCAUAUUCAAAACCCAUCUCCUUUCGCAAACAGGUUUUCCAGAGGACCAGCUUUCACUUUCUGACCAUCAGAUAUUACCUUCCAGGCAAGGAAGUUUGGACGGAUCUUAUACAUGUUCUACAAGAAGUGCAGCUUAUAGUUCAAAUUAUUAUUCAGGAUUCUUUGUCAGCAAGAUGAGAUCUCCUCCCCUAAAAAGACAUAAACCUUCCUCAGACAGUUUUCUUGGCUCAGGAGACUUAAGAACCUUUGGUCAGAGUGCAAAUGGCCAGUGGAGAAAUUCCACUCCAGCAUCAGGUACAACUUCACAAAAAUCAAGAAACAGCCGAAGUCUUUACCUCGAAACCCGAAAGACCUCAAGUGGAUUAUCAAACAGUUUUACGGGAAAGUCAAACCAUCACUGCCACGUGUCUGCAUAUGAAAAAUCUUUUCCUAUUAAAUCUGUUCCAAGUCCAUCUUGGAGUGGUUCAUGUCGUCGAAACCUUUUGAGCCCCAAGAAAACUCAGAGGCGACAUGUUAGUACAGCAGAAGAGACAGUUCAAGAAGAAGAAAGAGAGAUUUACAGACAGUUGCUACAGAUGGUCACAGGGAAACAGUUUUCUGUAGCCAAACCCACCACACAUUUUCCUUUACACCUAUCUCGAUGUCUUAAUUCCAGUAGGAAUACUUUACAAGACACACUGUUUCAAAAUGGAAACUCUUGUGCAGCUCAGAUUAUUGGCUCUGAUACUUCAUCCUCUGGAUCUACCAGCAUUUUAACUUCCCAGGAACAACUGUCUCAGAGUGGGUAUCCCUUAUCGUCUUAUACGCCAGAGAUUUCAUUCAGUUCCAAAGGUUCUGAUCUACUCCAUCAACUCCAACAUCACCACUCUCUUCCACAUCAGCCAGAUAACGCAUCAGCUUCAAAUACACAAUCCAAAGGAUCAGACUCUGUGAUUUUACUCAAAGUGCGAGAUUCCCAGACUCCAGCUCCCAGUCCUAUUUUUUUCCAGGCAGAGUUGUGGAUCAAAGAAUUAACUAGUGUUUAUGAUUCUCGAGCACGGGAAAGAUGGCGCCAGAUUGAAGAGCAAAAAGCACUGGCAUUACAGCUUCAAAACCAGAGAUUGCAGGAACAGGAACAUUCAGUACAUGAUUCAGUAGAACUGCGUCUUCGUGUACCUCUUGAAAAGGAGAUUCCUGUCACAAUUGCCCAAGAAACAGAAAAAAAAGGUCGUAAAUUAACUGAUAGUGAAGAUGAAUUUCCUGAAAUCACAGAGGAAAUGGAGAAAGAGAUAAAGAAUGUAUUUCGUAAUGGGAACCAGGAUGAAGUUCUGAGUGAAGCAUUCCGAUUGACCAUUACACGAAAAGAUAUUCAAACGCUAAACCAUCUGAAUUGGCUCAAUGAUGAGAUCAUCAAUUUCUACAUGAAUAUGCUGAUGGAGCGAAGUAAAGAGAAGGGAUUGCCAAGUGUACAUGCAUUUAAUACCUUUUUUUUUACUAAGUUAAAAACAGCUGGUUACCAGGCUGUGAAACGCUGGACAAAGAAAGUGGAUGUAUUUUCUGUUGACAUUCUUUUGGUGCCCAUUCACCUGGGAGUGCACUGGUGUCUUGCUGUUGUGGACUUUAGAAAGAAGAAUAUUACCUAUUACGACUCUAUGGGUGGGAUAAACAACGAAGCCUGCAGGAUCCUUUUGCAAUACCUAAAGCAGGAGAGCAUUGACAAGAAAAGGAAAGAGUUUGACACCAAUGGCUGGCAGCUCUUCAGCAAGAAAAGCCAGGAAAUUCCACAGCAGAUGAAUGGAAGUGAUUGUGGGAUGUUUGCCUGCAAAUAUGCUGACUGCAUUACCAAAGACAGACCAAUCAACUUCACACAGCAACACAUGCCAUACUUCCGGAAGCGGAUGGUCUGGGAGAUUCUCCACCGAAAGCUCUUGUGAAGACUGUCUCAGUUAGCAGGCAUUGACGUUGUGGGACCAGCUCUUCGUUGUCUACAGCCAGAGACCUUGGAAACAGCCACUCCCAACCCCUGUUCUUGUAAAGCCUUUGAUCCUGGACCAGGCCCUGGCGAGAUGCAUUCACAAGCACAUCUGCCUUUCCUUUUGUAUCUCAGAUACUAUUUUUGCAAAGAAACUUUGGUGCUGUGAAAGGGGUGAGGGACAUCCCUAAGCUGAAGAGAGAGACUGCUUUUCACGUCUUCAGUUCUGCCAUCUUGUUUCCAAAGGGCUCCAGCCUCACUUGGUCCCUCAUUAGGGGCUGAGAGAAGCUUGGAAAGACUCUUGGUUUCAUAUAAAACUCUUGUUGUUAGGCCUUACUAAGAGGAAGGAAAGGGCAUGGGCAAAAACAUAGGGAUAAAACCACCAGCAUAUGCACGCACACACACAUACACGCUUGGUUUUCAAGAUGUUUUGUCAGGAAAGUGACUGUAAACUGGACUUUGGGGCACAUGCCUAAGUCCCUCCUCUAGGAUGUUUCCUAUUUAUAUGCCCCGUUGUAAAAUCUGUCUGCUUCUAUACCAGGCUGUUCUAUCUGUAGCUUCCUCCCUCCUGAGGCACAAUAUAUGAGCCCUGGGUGGACCCCAAAGUCCCAGGCAGUCCUUUUCUUAAAAGCAGGGGUUUGCAUGUGUUCACAACACAUGAUACGGGGAAGACCCACCCAGGGAAUGGUUAGUGGAGCAACAAGGCACCACUUUUACUGCCGCCUACUUCUGACCAAGAAGAAGGACCUCAGUCUUUAGCAUAAAAUUCCAGCAUUGGAUGAAUGCAAGUCUAGUUUGGUCUGUGGCUAGUUCAUUUAAAUAUGUUUCUAACCACAGAGAAUUUAAUAUAUAUAAAUAUAUAUAUAUUUCACAGGGAUAUGCUUUUUUUUUUUAAAGGCUGAAUGUGUUCAUCAUUUUAGCCUGUAGAUUUAUUUCCAUUCUCCAAAUUUAGCUCCAGCACGCACAGAUCCCAGCCCCUAUGUGUAGGGUGUUUGUGGACUUCCUAACAGAAUAUUUUAAGACCUGGAUAAACUUUGGCUUAGGGAUAGAGGUUACAGAGGGAGGUGAUAUUUUCAACUGGAAAAUGGGUGGAAUUUGGACUGAUCAACUUGAGAUUGAAAAACUGCUAUUCCUUUUGUUCUUUUUAGCACCACCCAUCCCCUCUGAGAAUUUCUCAGGCUAGCUAGUGAAACGAUCCAAUGCCAGUGUCAUUUUUGUACCUAAGUUCCAAAAUAGGAACGUUUUAUACUUUUUUCUGUAUUGUAAUAGGUAGUUUUGUAUGAAAGAUUUUCUCCUCUUCCCUGGUACCUCAUCCCUUCCAGCAUUGUGCUUUCUCCCUAGGCUUAUUUGAAAAUUUUACUCUGUUUUAUACCAAGCUUGUUUAGUACAUUUUUCUAUGUUUUACCGCAGGUUACAAUUUGAAAAGAAAACUAUUUUUUUUAAAUAUUCCAUUGUUAACUGAAUGUUACUGUUUCCACUCCAGCAACUAGAUGUUCUACCCUUUUCAUAACUGCCUGCCUUUUGGGGGGAAAACUACCUUUUGUUUGUUUUUCUUUUCUUCCUUUCUUUUUUUUUUUUUGGUGUUUUCUAUAGGAAAUAAAUAGCUUCCUAGAUAUGAGUUGCUGGGACCUUACACAUUCUCUUUUAGAAAGCAAUGACAUGCAGCCUCUUUGCAGGACUCCUGAACAUUGACUCUGGUACUUAUGUGUUUAAGUGACAACUUGAAACAUGGCAGUAUGGUAUAGAUUGGGACGAUGAUUCAAAAGACCUGCGUUUUUCAGGCUCUCUCACUAUUUCCGGGGGACUUGGAACAAAAUAGUUUUCUGUAUUUAUUGUUUGUUUAGAUUACAUCUGUUUUACCUUCCUCGCAGACGUUUUGUACAGACCAAAGCAACAAAUAUUUAUUGCCAUGUAUAGCAGAAAAUGAAACCUGCAACAAAAGCACUAUGAAAAAUACAUAAGAUAUUGUUGAGUCUGUCUGAA